AUGGAAACAGAGCCCAAGGGGUACGCGGUGAGCGUGCACUACUCGGCCCUCACGUCGCUGGCCCGCGCCUGCCCCGAGAGCGCCCUGCACCGCGCGGGCAGGAUGUUACGCUCCAAGCGGCGGAAAUUCCGCGUGACUAGCGAGGACCCUACGUACACCGUGCUCUACCUGGGCAACGCCACCACCAUCCAGUCCAAGGGCGAGGGCUGCACCGACCUGGCCGUCUGCAAGAUCUGGAGCAAGAGCGAGGCGGGCCGGCAGGGCACCAAGAUGAAGCUGACCAUCAGCGCGCAGGGCAUCCGCAUGGCCCACGCCGAGGACAAGGGGCUGCGCCGGCCCGGCCACCUCUACCUGCUGCACCGGGUCACCUACUGCGUGGCCGACCCGCGCUUGCCGCGCGUCUUCGCCUGGAUCUACCGCCACGAGCUGAAGCACAAGGCGGUGAUGCUCCGCUGCCACGCCGUGCUGGUCUCCAAGCCCGAGAAGGCGAAAGCCAUGGCCCUGCUGCUCUACCCGACCUCCGCCGCGGCCCGCAUGCAUGGGCCCACAAAUGAGAGCAAGUGCAUGUGA